AUGGCGACCGGCAUGCUUCUUGAAAAUACCUACAGAACUGUGGUAGAUACGAUAGUCGAAAUGGCAGACCAUCAUUUUCCAUCAUUUCGCAGGUUCUUUCUAGGAACCCUGCUUUCCACUCAAUUGGUGAAUUGCGGAGUGGUGAACUGGUCAGCCACAGCGCCUUCAGUUCAGGUCAAGAAUGGCACCUACGAGGGGGUUUACAACCAAGAAUACAACCAGGACUUUUUCCUGGGGAUGCCUUUCGCGCAGCCACCGGUUGGAGAUCUUCGAUUCCGGAAUCCGCAAUCUUUGAACACGACCUGGACGGAGUCUAAGAAUGCGAACGAGUAUUCUUUGGCUUGUUAUGGAUAUGGCAGUGACGACUGGGUGUUGGGGAAUCCUGUUAGCGAAGACUGCUUGACUCUCAACGUUGUUCGCCCGGCGGGCGUGGCGGAUGGAGCUCAACUCCCAGUCGGUGUCUGGAUUCACGGUGGUGGAGCAUUCAUGGGAAGCAGUCGUGACCCUCGUUAUAAUGCAAGCUUCAUCGUUAAACAAUCAGUUGAUAUGGGAAAACCUUUCAUCUUUGUCAGUCUCAACUAUCGCCUUCAAGCUUUCGGGUUCAUCUUCGGAACGGAAGUUCUGAAAGCCGGCGCAACCAAUUUGGGUUAUAAAGACCAGCGACUGGCAUUACAUUGGAUCCAAGAGAAUAUUGCUUCUUUCGGCGGGGAUCCCACUAAGGUGACUAUCUGGGGCGAGUCUGCUGGCGCAUGGAGUGUUGGAGCUCAGUUAAUGGCGUACGGAGGCCGAGACGACGGACUAUUCCGAAGCGCGAUCCAAGAAAGUGGUGGUAUGGUUUCGAGUGGUCGUUAUCCUUCUCCUGAAGACUGGGACGCCUAUUACAACAACAUCACUCGAGCCACCAAUUGCAGUGAUGCUUCAGAUACACUGGCAUGCCUUCGAGACGUGCCAGCGGAUGCUCUCAGCGCCGUGUUCAACAGCAGUGUCACAGCACAAGUUCCCUUUUGGGGAGGGCAGAUCGACGGCGACUUCCUCCAGAACUCUGGAACCCAAAACUUGUUGAACGGCGCAUUUGUCAAAGUUCCUCUGCUCCAUGGUGCAAACUUCGACGAAGGCACUGCGUUCGGAAUCCGGGGAAUCAAUACAACGGAGCAGUUUGUCGCCAGUGUGAUGGCAAGGGGUGUUGACAAUGCCACUGCUCGAACGAUUGCCGCGUUGUACCCAGACAUUCCAGCAAUUGGCAUACCCGCUACACUUGUCGGUCGCCCAUCAGGCAUGUUCGCGUCAUUAGGCAGUCAGUGGAAGCGAUCAGCCGCUUACAAAGGUGACCUUCUUAUGCACGGCCCCCGCAGACUCGCAUCUCACUCCUGGGCCAAAAACAACGUCACUUCCUUCAGCUACGACUUCAACGUACGAGUGAAUGGAGUUCCGCUUGCUAUAGGGUCAACCCACUUUCAGGAGGUUUCUUUUGUAUUUGACAACACAAAUGGGAUCGGGUAUGAGAAUGCUGUGGCGGUAAAUCCAUUCGAGGGCCAACCGCCAAGUUUUUAUGACCUGGCCAACAUCAUGUCGCGCAUGUGGGUGAGUUUCAUCGUCGACACUGAUCCUAAUUAUAAUGAUGGUAAGUUUCUUCCCUUUGCAGAUGAAUUUUCACGUCGAGAAUCUUACCUCUGGCCAUUAGCAACGAGUGUCCAGUGGCCAGUAUAUACCGAAGAUGAUCAAGCGAAUCUGGUUUUCGAUGUCAAUGCAACCGACCUUGUAUAUGUUCAGCCGGACUACUACCGUGCUGAAGGCAUGCAGUAUAUAAUAGACCGCUUCGCGACUGUAUAUGGUCGGUAA